AUGAACAAGUCGCAGUUUUAUAAGUCGCAGUGUAUCGAGGCCGCGUCAAAGUCUACGAUGUACUAUACGCUUGGGUCUGUUAUAGUCAAAGGCGGGAAGGUGAUCUCGACCGGCUACAAUCAUCAGCGACCGAACUAUGACACGCCGGGGGGCGGGAAGCCGUUGUCUAUGCACGCUGAAAUGGCCAGCAUCUUCAACGCUACUCGUGGCCUUGCUCCCACGCUCAAGCAGCAGGCACAUCUUGCUGUGGAGGAGAAUCAGGACACAGAGAAGAAAAAGAAAAAGCAGAACAAUAUAAAGCACGAACACCCCCCCAACUACAACACCUACAACACCUACGACGAGCAGCACGGGUUGGCAGCAAGCAAGGAUUUAGAUUCGCGGCCAAAUCCGUGUCGUGCUCCUUAUGCGGUUCCGACAAUGCGGCAGCAGCAGGCUUACCGAGAACCCCAUCGACUUUAUCAUCAUCAUCAUCAUCAUCACGAAACAGAGUACGGGUAUGAGCAGGAGAGGAGACGGAAGGGAGUGUGGGAGGGUAGUCGGAGUUGGCACAAGAGGAUGGCGCUUGGCAGGCGGCCACGCUUGGCGAAGCUCAACGGAGCGGACCUCUACGUUUGCCGGGUGACCCGGUCCGGCCAGCUGGCUUGUUCAAAACCUUGUUGGCGUUGUAUCGAGUGGUGUGCGUGGGCAGGGAUCAAGCGAAUAUUUCACUGGAGUCUUCUUGAGCAACGUUUUGUUUGCUUGAAGGUUGGGGAGGCGUUUGGGGCAGACGACAACUACGAGACCCUAACAGACGCUCGAUUGAACUAA